ACCUCAGUUGCAGAAAUCGAAACCAUGUUUUGCAAAAUCGAGAAGGAGAAGAACAAAAUGGAUCAAAAGGUUUUAUCAUUAUCAAUGAAGAUAGCUUCAGAGAAAGAGACGAAAAUUCGAUUACAAGCUGAUUUUGAUAAUACAAGGAAGAAGCUUGAUAAAGAUAGGCUUAGUACUGAGUCUAAUGCAAAAGUUCAGAUUAUGAAGAGUCUUUUACCAAUUAUUGAUAGUUUUGAGAGAGCUAAGCUACAGGUUAGAGUUGAUACGGAGAAGGAGAAGAAGAUCGAUACGAGUUAUCAAGGGAUUUAUAGGCAAUUUGUUGAGGUUUUGAGACAUCUUCGUGUUUCGGCUAUUGCAACUGUUGGCAAGCCCUUUGAUCCUUUGUUGCACGAGGCUAUAUCACGAGAAGAAUCUGAGGUGGUUAAAGCAGGGAUAAUAACCGAGGAGCUGAACCGGGGAUUUGUUCUAGGAGAUCGUGUUCUGAGACCAGCAAAGGUUAAAGUCUCUUUAGGACCCGUCAAAAAGAAGACUCCUUCACCUGCUGAGUAGAUAACACCUUCUGCUUGAGUUCGAUGUUGGGUAAAAUUUUCAAUAUCUUGUGUUACAGUCCAUUUUUUAUUCACCUAUCAAAAGGGAUAACAAAAACGCAGCUGAUGUUUGAAUGGGAAAGUUCUUUGGCUGCUGAGAUUUAUGAUUCAUGUUUUACUAUUAAUAUGACUUGGUUAGUCAUGGAUUUGAUUCGUAGCUUCAGGUUGUUUCUUGUAGUGUCUUGGUGAAAACAUCAUUUUUUAACCUGAUUCAUGAAUCAAAAGGAUCUCUCUCA